AUAGAUCAUCACCUUGUGAUUCACUAUAGCGUGGUUUGUAAAAUCUGUUUCAUUGCAUUUAUUUUGAAAAUCGUUUACAAACUACAAUGUUAAAUAUUAAUAUGUAUGCUGCUGUUCAGACUGCAAUUUCGCAAGAGAAUGAUAAAUCUCUGAAUGAAUUGAAAUUGCGUUUGAAUGAGGAAUAUCGUGGGGCGACUAAAAUGUCGAGAGAGGAAUUCUUAUUGCUUUUGAAAGACGAAACAUCAUUGAGCAGAGAGUUCUCAGCAGAAAUUUACAUCCCCAAAAUCGUGCGUAAGCAACACGAGGACAAAGGAAAUGUAUGCAUGGCUUUAAGAUCAGAAGUAUCUGGCAACUGUCUCUACAGUUCAGUGUCAUUGCUUUUGGCAGUUUUUUUUCCUAGCAAAACUAAAAGGACAAUUUCUGGUCCAACAUGCCCAGUGCCUUCAAAAAAAGCAAAAGCUGAAAAAAAGUCUGGGAAUAUCAGUAAGUUUUUUUCAAAAAUGGAAAAACCAGAAAUCAUUACAAGUGAGGUUUCUUGUACUAGGGUUACUGAACAAACCAUUGAAGAUUUACAGGUAAAGCCUAACUUUAUUCACAAUUUUGAUGUAGCUACCUACUACAAAAGAGCUAAAGGUUUGAAAAUGUCUGAUAUUUGUUUGCUUAUUAAAAAUGUUUUUAAACCUGAUGAAAAUUACACUUUUCCUCCUUUGAGUGAGAACAAUAAAAGGUCUUUUAAAUAUGAAUGGCUCAAAGAUUUUACCUGGCUGUGUUAUUCACCAAAAGAAGAUGGUGCUUAUUGCUUAUCAUGUGUUCUUUUUGGACAUCAAUUCCCCAGUAAAUGCUCGAGAAUAAACAAUCUAUUUCGUUCACCUUUUCGUCAUUGGAAUGAUGCUGUAGGUACAUUUAGGCGACAUGCUGGAAAUUGUAAAGGGGAAAAAAUGGGACUACAUGCAUCUACUUCUCCAAUUUUGAAUAAUAUAUGCUCUCAAAUGUCAGGUGUAGCUCAACCCAUUGAAAAUAUCUUAGAUACUAACAUAAAACUUGAAAUUGAGCAAAAUAGGAAAAUUCUUAAACAAAUUGUUGAUACAGUUCUUUUUUGUGGAAGGCUUGGCAUUGGAUUACGAGGUCAUCGUGACGAUGCUCAAUUUCACCCAGAGGUCGGUUGCUAUUCAGUCAAUGGCAAUGUUGGUAAUUUUGUUGAAUCUUUAAAUUUUAGAGUUAGAGCUGGUGAUCAAACUUUGGAAAAUCAUUUGCUCAAAUGUGGCAAGAAUAAAAGUUAUAUUUCCAAGACCAGCCAAAACAAAAUCAUCAACUGUAUUGGUCAGGUAAUAUCAGAAGAUAUUAUAAACGAGAUAAAAAAAAAUAGAUAUUAUUCUAUCAUUGCAGAUGAAGCUGCUGAUUCUUCUCACAAAGAGCAAUUGUCCCUUGUUCUACGCUGCCAAUUUUAUCAACAUAUCACAGACACGCAACAUACCCUUUGCUGAGCACGUUAAAAAGUCAGAUGUUCAGACCAAGAAGGCAAAACUGGUACACUACCAAUCACCUCAUGUGAAUGUGAGAGAUCAAUUUCAGCACUGAGGAAUCUAAAAACCUACCAAAGGAGCACUAUGGUAGAGGAACGUUUAAAUGGCCUGGCUUUAAUGCGAAUUCACCCAGAAAUUAUUCCUGACGUAGAAAGAGUGAUCAAUAAGUUUGCUGAAGAUUAGUUCGUGGGACAAGAGAACAGAUGGAUGCGUCAAAGUUCCUCUAAACCAAAACAAGUUUUCAGCCAUGUUUUUCCAUCUUGUAUACUUUUUAGUCGAGUCUUUCCAGCAUUUGUUGAUUCUUGUACAUUUUCAUGAUUUUAAAUGACAAAAUAACAUUUUCUCCCAGUUUCGUCAUGUUUGGAUGCAAUGCUGUGUCUUUUGGCCACAUUAACGUACAUUGACAAAUUGUUAUUUUGUCAUUUAAGUGCUAGGCGAUGUAGUGGACUUUCUUAAAACAGUUAAUGAAUAUCUCGUGUCAUUCACAAUUAAUGAAGUUUUAGUGAUGUCCUGUUGUGUUACAACCAGUUACGUCAUAUUGCAUAAUUAGACGCCGCAAACUUUCCAAAGUCCUUAUGUUUCCGGGCAGUUUUUGUACGUAAUACUUAAGCAGUACUUUCUAUCAAGGAAGAUAUCUUUGCCCGGUUGAAGUAAAGUAUCAUCAAAUUUAUUAUUUUAUUCGAAUUCUCAUUAUGCCAUAUGACGUUACUGGUUGUACUAAACGGGGACAUUUUAAACAAAACAAAAACAUUAGUAUCUUGAAAAUAAAAAGUGAUAUUCAUAAACUGUUUUAUAAAGGCUACAGUCAUUUUAAACGUUCUGUUUGAUAAGACUAUGAUAUUAAAUGUAAAAUUUUCUCU